AAAUGGAAUAUAUAAUUCUAAUUAACAAAGUGGAAACAAUUGUGGGCCAGGUUUUGGCGCCAAGAUGUUAAUUUCGUUGACCGCCCGCGCGCUAUCUUCUUCCUCUUUUCUUUCUGUUGGGAAUUUCGUCAAACACCUUCCGACCAUUAACCCAUCCAUCCUCAAACUCAGCCUCAUCCCCACCAGAAAACCCACACUCUCACUCCGCCGCGCCGCCGCCUCCUCCACCGAUUCCUCCGCCGCCGUCGGUGGCACCGGCACCCCUCAUUUUCAAACCUUAACUUCUCACCAGAAACAUCAAAUUAGUCUCUACAUCGACUCUCUUCUCCAAUGGAACCAGAAAAUGAAUCUCACGGCGGUGAAAGAAGAAAGCGAGGUGAUGGAAAGACACGUGGAGGAUUCGCUAGCUAUUAUAGAUCCAAUUCGCAAUUCAUACCUGUCUCGAUGCGGGAGCUGUUUCGAAGAUUUGAGCGUUGUCGAUGUCGGAAGUGGAGCAGGGCUUCCUGGAUUAGUUCUUGCAAUCGCUUGCCCCGGUUGGAAGGUGACACUGUUAGAGUCAAUGAACAAGCGUUGCGUUUUCUUGGAGAAUGCCGUCGAACUCAUUGGCCUGCAGAAUGUGCGAAUCGUACGUGAUCGAGCCGAGAAUCUAGGACAGAAUCUUGACUUCAGAGAGGGUUUCGACAUUGCAGUUGCUAGAGCAGUUGCAGAAAUGAGAGUUCUUGCUGAAUACUGUCUUCCUCUAGUCCGUGUCGGUGGUUUGUUCGUAGCAGCAAAGGGUCACGAUCCUCAGGAGGAAGUUGCAAAAGCUGGAAGAGCUAUUCAUUUGAUGGGUGCUUCUCUCUUGCAAACGUGUUUCGUGGAAUCACACAGCAAAUAUGGACAAAGAACAGCAAUAAUAUGCCUAAAAGACAGUCCAACCCCUAGAAAAUAUCCUCGUGCUCCCGGUACUCCAUCGAAGAUGCCCCUAUGACGUGAAUGCUCGAAUUUUGUUUGGUUAAUCGUUUGUUGUAUUAUACUAUCGUGUGUGUUUGUAUUGAUCACGAGAAUUCAUGUGCGAAACAAAUAUAGACAUUUAAGUUAAGUUUAUUUGGCCUCUGCAUUGUAUCAAGUUUCAUUUGGAAUUUGAUAGAAGAGUUUAAUUUGAGGAGAUUAUAUUUCAAAUAACUCUCAUUAUGCGAUGAA